AUGAGGGAUAUCAAAAAAGUCGAAGAGUUUACUAUUCACAAGGAUGUAUCAGAAAUAAAAGUUAAAGCACGUUGUAUCACAGUGAAAGGGCCUCGAGGAACUUUGGUCAAGAAUCUUCGUCACAUCGAUUUAGAGAUACAAAAAAUUGGAACUCAUAAGAUUAGACUUAUUGUGUGGCAUGGAACUCGUAAACACGUUGCUUGUUUACGUACAGUAAAAGCUCAUAUUGAGAAUAUGAUUACCGGCGUUACUAAGGGAUUUGAAUACAAGAUGCGUUAUGUUUAUGCGCAUUUCCCAAUUAACGUUCAUAUUGCUGACACUGGAAAUGAGGUUGAAAUUCGUAACUUUUUAGGUGAAAAAGUUAUCAGACGUGUAAAAAUGUUGCCCGGUGUUGAAAUUAAAAUCUCCUCUGCUCAAAAGGAUGAAUUGAUUUUGACUGGAAAUGAUUUGGAAAAUGUCUCUCAAUCAGCUGCCAACAUUCAACAAUCUACCGCAGUUAAGAAUAAAGAUAUUCGAAAAUUUUUGGACGGUAUCUAUGUUAGUGAACGUAAUACACUGGAAAAAGAUGCUUAA